UUACAACGUACAGUACUUCACUCGGUACGAUUAGUUACUUCACUCCAACGGGAAUUCACACUUUGGCGAUGGAGUUUUCACAUCGCCAGCGCCGCUCUGGCUUCGUCGACGUGCGUGCUCCGUCCAAGAUGUCGAAGAACGGCAUGGCGUACGACGCGGGGGGGGCGAAAGCUGCGACGUCGCGCACACCCAUCGAUGUCAUUGCGACGUACAUGAACUCGUCGGACUCGCGUCUCAACUUGAAAGGCACGGCCGAUCACGCGCACUUAUCGAUGCGCCACAGCGAAUCGGCGCAAGCCCACUUCUCGCCCAUGAUACAACCCACAUCUGCACCAGCAUCUCUCCAGCGAAAGCGGUCCACGUCGAACGCUCUUCAUAGCGCGUUAUCACGGGACUCAUCUGCUGAAUGGGGAUGGUUUGCCGACAUUGACAGCAGUGGUGAAUCGUUUGGCGACAACUCGAUCACGAGUCUCCUGCGCCGGAAAUUUUCCAUCGAUACGGGUGGCGCAAACGAACACAUCAUCCACGACGAGCAGCACAGCACAAGUCGCAUGACGGCGGCACUAAAGACGUUUCCAGGACUCGACGGCGGCGACAAGGUACAGACGGCCGCUGUGUCCAUCCCCAAGUUUCGCAUCGUGCAGUCUCGCGCCGGGUCCGACCGACAUGCCGAGUACCUCGUCACGUUCAAGCUUGGACGCGAGUUCCAUGCCGACUGGCGGCGAUAUUCCGAAUUCGCCGAGAUUGUCAAGAAAGUGGACGUGUACCGUUUUCCGCGGGCCAUGGCGGCAUGGCGCAAAAUCGACAAUCGAUGGUUCAACCGCCUCGAGCCGUCGUAUCUGCACAACAAGUGCAUUGCCCUGGAAGUAUUUCUUCGGGAUUUAAUGUACGAACUGACGGUGCCAGACGUCCUGAUCGACUUCAUUGGCGAGCGAAACGUGAACUGCAAGCCGUUGGACGCCAGCGGCGGCCGCCCGUCGGCGCAACUGCCUAAGGAAAUGCGCCCGAAGCAGCCCCAAGAAGAGCGCGAGCUCUUUGAAAAGCUCUGGGCCGAAAACUUUGCAAGAUCGGCUGUGAAGUACAACGGGAACGCUCCAGUGUAGAGGCCAACUGCUGCACGUAUAUUUAAUCACAAAAUUCCCGAGAUGGAGCCUCGCUCAUGACGAGCGUGUGACGUCGAUGGUGGUGAAGGGGAGGGGGCUUGUCGCGUUGCUAUCGAAUGCCUACAGGUUGAAUGACGUGCCUGGCUGAAUAUCGGGGUCGUGCACUUGGCUUGACGAGAUGACCCACGAGGCUCGGCAGGAGCAGGCGCCGUGGAGUUGGCAUGCACGAUGUGUUCGCCGACCGCAGGGUGCCUAUCGGGCGGAAUCGACACGGAUGGUCACGAAGCCAGCCAGAGCCACCAUGCCCCAGCCUCGUCGCCAAGGCUCGUGCACCGACUACUCACCCUGUAGUAGCACAAGAAUCCAUGGUACUACCUGGUUUACAGCGCGCGACAGGGCAGCGCCGGCUUGUGCCCCUGGCUGAAGUGUUUUGAACGGCGCGAGGCAAGUCGUGCGCAUUUCUUGCCAUGGCACCUGUCGUGGUGGGAUGUCUCAGGUCGUGAGAGUUCGACCAACGAACGGCAGGGCGAUCGUUCCCGCGAGGUUGGCCACCGCUUCAUUCGACGUCCGGUGCAUCAGCGACAACACGUUGGAGCAUCUGGAUGGCCCAUGGAGUCCUCGUGCUGAGCAGGUGGUGCGCAGACGGAGUAGUUCAUGCCGGCAGCUCCAUAACUUUGACGUCGCGCCGCCCAUGACCAAAGGCUUCGAUAUA